AUGAACAAUACAGGAAUAGACACUCGUUCUAAUAGUUGGAAUUAUAACGAUGCAUUAAAUAUAUCAUAUAUCAUUUGGUAUACAUGCGGUUUUUUAUGUACUAUGUUUGGUAUACCUGGUCAUUUAUUUCAAAUUUUAAUUAUGUCAAAUAAAGCCAAUCGUAAAGAAUCAAUAUCAUUAUAUUUUAUAGCUACUGCUAUAUGUGAAUUAAUAUUUCUUGUUGGUAUUUUUUGGUUAUGGUGUGUUGGCAUGUCUAUAAUUAAAGCAGAUCCUCGAGAAAUAUUAUCCUGUGGUAUAUUCUAUAGUAUUCUAAUUGGUCCAACAAUAUUAUCAAAUCUAUACUUAGCAUCAAUAUCUAUCGAUCGAACAUUCAUGAUAUUUUAUCCUACUCGUUAUCGUUUUGUAAUUACUCGACGUCAUGUUCUCAUACGUAUAUUUUUAAUUUCUAUAAUAAUCUUAUUGAUUAUGAUUCCACAUCAUUUUUAUUUUUAUUAUAAUAAAAAAACAACAAAAUUUAUUUGUGAAUUUGAUACAGAUAUUAAACAUUGGAGAAUCCGUAUAUGGCCAUUUUUACAUGCUAUAUUAUUUGUUUCAUUACCAUCAAUAAUAACAUGUAUAUCAUCAGUAAUUUUAAUACACAAUCGUUGUAAUCAAAGAAAAAUAAAUAAAAAUAAAUUAAGUAAAAAUGCACGUCGUAUGAAAAGAAAUUCUAUAUUAAUAUUAUUUAUUUCAAUAAUUAUUUUAUUUUCUUUAUUACCAACUGUUAUAUUAGAAAUCUUUAUUGUACAUGAUCGUCUAUUUAAUAAUGAAAUAUUUUGUUCAAAAAAAUGGAAAAAAUAUAGGAUUUUACUUAAUUGGUUUUUGACACUUUCAGCAUUGAAUUAUUCAUUUAAAUUUUAUAUUCAUCUUAUUAUAUCGAAAACAUUCCGAAAAGAUUUCAUUAAAUUAAUUAAUUUUACUUUCCAACGACAACAAAAACAGAUUAAACAACAGUCAGUUUCAUUUAAUAAUGAAAAUACAUAA